AUGGAGAUGCCCGAUGGCACCGUGGAUGUAGUCCAUCCUGAAGUCCGGGCUCAUAUCAACAGUCUUGUUUCUGCGCUCGGAGGUAUCAGCGCCGAGGACGACGAUGGCCGAUACCAGCUGGGAGACGACGCACUGGAAGUCUUGCGAGAUUUGAAACGAUGGAUACGAUUUUACGACGAGAAGACGAACCGGAUGGAUGUCGCACGAUGCAUCUACGAGGCCAACCUGAUCGAGGGCGACCUCCUCCCGAUUCUUGCAACCUGGCCCGAGAACGAGAUGGACAGCAAAUACAAAUCGAGAAUAGCUCUAGCAUGCUUCGAGCUCAUAGUUCCUCUGACUUGGCCGAUGGAGCGUGACAAGGAGCGGAUGACUGUGAACCAUCAUCGUCACAUCCCCGUACUUGAGCUCGCCCAAGUCGCUUAUAAACGGGCCAUCAUCAACUUUGACGGCGCUAGGAUCCUCCAUGCUGCUGUGAGAGUGGCACUGCCGUCAAUGGCCAUCCCCAUUGGAGAAAGGACGCAGCGGGAUCAGGGCAUAAUCAAACUCGUGCUCUUCCUCCUCCGCAAUGUUGCCGCCAUCGCCCUGCCUCUUGGAGCCAAGGACGACGGCGAGGAAUCGCAGAUAUCGAGAUCCGUGACCAUCGACGCCUUUUCAUACCAGGACAUUUUCCACGUCCUCCUCACCCUGGCUUCCAAUAUGGGCGACGAGUUCCGCACCGAGGAUACGACUGUGAUGGAAAUCAUCUACCACUUGGUCAAACGUGUCAACACCAGCACCUUAUUCGUGGAUGAGAAGCAACUGUACAAAGCCAAGGACAACGAGCUGGCGGAAUUGAUGAAAAAAGAGGAGGCAAUGCUCAAAUCCUACACUCGACCGACGCGCCACAAUCGCUUCGGAACCAUGAUAUGGGUGAAGCGGGAGGAUGGUAAGAUGACCACGGUCACCGGCCAGGAAGCCUUGGUCGACGCCGCAGCUCGGACACGGAAGAUGGACAGCACGAAGACGUUCAAGCCGCCACGCCGCGGGAAGAAGGAGGACAAGCUGGACGUGGAGUUUGGGCGGCCCCCGAAACUCAAUGCCAGGGCCAACGGCCAGCUCCGCGCCUUCACCGAAGAGUUUCUGGACUCGGGCUUCAACCCGUUGUUUUCGCAUAUCCGGAGGACACUGGACCGCGAGGCAACGUAUGUUCUCCAGCAUCACCGCCGCCAGUUUUUCUACUUGGUCGGCUGGUUUCUUGAAGCAGAGCGCAUGAGGAGGAAGACGAAGAAGGAAAACGCCCCCAAGGGCACAGAGGAAGAAGUGUCCAGUUUCAACCUGGUGGCCGGGGUUCUCAACCAGGAAAUGUUCAUCACCCUGAACAAGGGUCUCCACGAAUCUUACGAAUACAAAGACUGGCAUGAGCUUACCGCCGUCAUGCGGUGCUUCACGCAGAUCCUCCUCACCGUGCAGGAAAUGUACACGAGUGGGCACGAGGGCGACGAGGAGAUUGCCGAAAACAUCCUCAGCCGCUUGUUCUACGAGGAGACGACGCACGACGCAAUUGCCAGCAUCAUCAGGACGUACAAGGACCAAGGAUUUGACUAUCUCGAUGCAGCCACCGAGCUUGUUCACCAGUUCCUACGCAUCUUGGAGAUGUACUCGAAGCAAAAUGUCGAUAUGCAAGUCCGUUCGCGGAAGAGAACGCGCCGGAAGAAGCAGGAUACCAACGGAGAGUCCGGCGGGGGGGAUGACGAUGCGGGCGACGACGAGUCCGGAGACGACCAGAAGGCGGCCGAGCGAACUAUCAAGGAGAGGAAAUUCGAUUUUCACCGAUUCUGUGGUCGCUUCAGCUCACAAGGUGUUGUCGAUACAUUUGUGAAGUUUACGAAAUACUACCGAGACUUGACAGAUGCUCAGCUUAAGCGAGCGCACCGAUUCUUUUACCGCGUGGCCUUCAAGCAAGAAAUGAGUGUCAUGUUGUUCCGCGUGGACAUUGUUCACCUGCUUUACAACAUGAUCAAGGGCCCGGAGCCCCUGGAUAAAUCCUCAAGCACAUACAAAGAGUGGACGGAGCUUGUAAAGCAGAUUCUCCGAAAGUGUUUCAAGAAAAUCGAGGAGCGACCUGAGCUCAUUGUCGAGCUGCUCUUCAGCAAAAUCCAGAGCACCGCAUACUACCUCGAGUUCGGCUACGAAAAACAAACCAGCUCAACGAAAAGCCAGGCGAAGCCAGGCGCGGAGCUUGAGUUUAAACAUACAGAGGAAAAGGAUCGCCAGAUCGCCAUUGUCGUCGGUGCUCUACUCGACAAGAACCAGGCAGAUCACAUUGCUUGGUUGAAGGGUGUACUCAGCAGUGCUGAGAGUGAGCGUAGAGCUUGGGCCGCUGCCGAAGACGCUCGAACCGCAGAAGAUGAUCUGUUCGACGAUCAGAAUGCGACUCAGGGGGCCUUGUCGAAAGCGCCACCAGUAAUCCGUGUUGAACCAGAUGAUGAUGCCCGGAAAACUGCCGUAUUCAAAAACUCACAUCUUCGCCUGUUGAUGACCGUUGCUGGUUUCGAGCGCGAAGAACCGGCAUCCGAGGAGACGCCCGAUUCAUCUUGGGUCAUCCCUCCUCAAGUGUCUGCCGAAACCCUCAAGGACACCCUCCACUACAUCAACCAGGCGGAAUUCAGCCCCCCGGUCUUUGACGAAGGGGUUCUGGCUGAGAACAUGCUCAAGCGCAAGACCGUGCCGCGGAAGAAGGCAGCAUACGAUGACGACGACGAGAACGACGACGAUGAUGGUAUCGAUGACGACCUCUUGUUCCCCAUGGGCGGCCCGACCGCAAGAAAGGCGAUCGACGACCCGAAGAAGCCAAAGAAGAAGCGCCUCCGUAGGAAGCAGAAGGACUCGGAAGAUGAGGAGAUCGACGACGAGGAGGUGAACGAGAAGGCGCGGAAGAGGCGGGAGCGCGAGAAGGAGAAGGCGCGGAAGAUCAAGUCGGCCCUCUAUGUUAAAGAGGGCGAUGACGACUUCGAUUCAGACGAGGACGACGAGUUCUUUGCCCGUGAGCGGGCCAUUGCCGCUCGCGCGGAACAGGCUGCUGCUGGUCUCUCCUUCUCCGAUAAGCCGAAAUCAACCUCGGAAGGCAAAAAGAAGCGGAAAUCUGAGAUGCUUCUGGGUGAUGAUGACGAAGAGGGAGACGAUGGACUGGAGCUUGCAAGAAGAGCGCUGGAUAGUGAUAGUAGCGCCGAAGAAAGCGAGAGUGAUGAGAACCCCGUCGGCAGGACUAACGGUGAUACAGAGGGGAGGAAGAGACGGCGAAUGAGUGAGGACGAAGACGGCGACUCCAAUACUGAGGACAGCAUUCCGGAUAACGAUGUUGAUGUGGAUAUGGAAGACUCGACUGAAAAAGCAACAACCCAAGACGUGGAUGAGGACGGGGAAGAAGAGGUGGAACGACCCGUGGUAGCAAGGCGGCCAAGGGUCAAGGGUGGGUUUGUCAUAGAUAGCGAUGAUGAGGAUUAG